AUGAAGAAUUUAUUGUCGCCUCAAACUCUAGAAUGGCUUCAGCAAGAACGUUUACAAGCUAUAGAAAGAGCAAAACUGGCAGAGAAGAAUGCUAAAAAAUUGGCAGCAAAACUCGCUGCAGAACAGGCAGCCGAGGACGCACGUUUAAUUGCAGCACAAAAGGCAAAAGAAGCUGCCAGAAUGAAGGCAGAAGCGGAAAGGAAAGCUAGGGAACUAGAAGUUUUGAGACAACAACAGGAACAGGAAAGACGUCUAGCAGAAAUGAGAGCAAAGGUCCUUGCUGCGGAAAAAGCUGCAGAGAACGCUCGCCUUUUUGAAAUGCAAAGAGCUAAAGAGGCUGCUGCCAGGGAGGCAGACAUACAAAGAAUAGCUAGAGAGAAGGAGGCAGAAAGACAACGUCUGGAGCAGGAAAGGAUUCGAGCGCAACUUGCAAGAGAAGAAAGGGCACGUCAAGAGGCCGAAGCAAGGGCUAGAGAGCUAGCGAGACAGCAGGAAAGACAACGGCAAGAACAGGAAAGAGCUCGCCAAGAAGCUGAACACAGGGCUAGAGAACUGGCAAAAGAACGUGCCCGGUUAGCUGAACUUGAACGACUGAAAAGAACAACGACGACUACACCGGCCCCGGUAGUAGUCAAUCGAAGGCGACGACGGCGGCGUAGGUUAUUCCGGAAUAUUAAAAAACUGUUUGGGAAAUGA